GUGUGGUUGUUUUCUGGAUUUGGUUGUUCCCAAACUUUGAUUGAUUAUGGAUUGAUUUUCAAACCACCAAAUCUCAGGUACUCAGAUUAUUGACUAUUUCCUUUUUUGUCAUAGUCUGGGUGAAUCCUCUAAAGGCCACUGUACUUUUUCUUCUAAACGUGAAAACAUUUGAGUAACUUGUCUGAAAACUAAAACUAGAGCUGGAUUAAAAUCAUUGGGCGGAUUAAAGAUGAACGGUCGAAGUGAAUAUUCCCGGACAGAACCACGUGUUGGGUUAAAAGGAGCUGUGAAAGGUGAGAUGGAGUGGGGAUGUAUUUAUCGAGAGGAUAAUAGGAGACAGAGGAGGGUGGAGAGCGAUGGAGAGAUAAACUGAGACGUUUCUCCUCUUUCUGCUCUGAAUAUGAUUUUGCAGUUUCGUGGUGAAGGAGGUCACGUCUCCGAGAGGCGGCCCAGUUCCUCCUCAGCGGGACAAAGACAGCGGGCCUUCCUCCCUCCCUCCGAGUCCUCAGCCUUUGUCUGCAGGUGAGCUGGAUCCUGAAUGACGUUUUGUUUUGGGCGAGGUUUAUAAAGUGAUCAAAGCCGCCUGCAUCCCGCUCAUCUUCCCACAGAUCUUCUCCAGACGAUGCUGCACAGUUCGGACAGAACGGUGAGUCUUUCCUCAACAACUCUGAAGAUUUGAUUUCAGAAUUUCACAGCAGUUUACACGGGCUGGAGUAGGAUCUGUAUUUCCACCAGGGUCUGGAUGUUCGAUCGUUUCUGCAAAAAUCUCUAAAUUGACUCAAACUGAUUUAAAAUCUGACGAUCUUCCCUCUCUCUGUCGUUCUUCCAGAUGUUGCUGAGGCUGCUGGGACUCCUCGUCCUCUCUGCUCUCUGCUCAGGGAUGCUGAUCCCAAACCCCACCGGUGACCCAGAUCAAGAUCCUCCACCGAUAGAUACGGACUGGCCCGCCCCCCGUGGGAUCCCACCAUCAUGGGCCCCCGAUGCCAACAUGACGGAGGGCCCCAGUAAAUCACGGAUGUUUGACGACGUAGGCAUGGGCCCAGACAUGCCGUACAUACCGGACACAUCUAUGUGCGACAUGAUGAUGAACCAGGCGGUGCCUCCACCCAUGGACCAGAUACCUUAUUUCUGCCUCUGCACACACUGUAAGGGCACCGUGGGGCCCAAAGGAGACCCUGGAGACCGGGGACCCCCAGGUAUGGAGACAGCUUUUACUACGACUCAGUUUGACGUCAGACUUUCUUAAUCUUGAGGAGAUUUCUAGUGCCAGAUUUCUCCAGAGUUACAGGAGAGGCAGCGGGACAGAAGAGCCUCUAAUACAGUAAAAAUAUAAAGUUUGAAAGUGGUCAAUGUUCAAAUACAAAAUCUGACAGGGCUGAAAUAUUAAAAUCAUCAUGUAAAGAAAAAGUUAAAAAACUAAAGUCUUAAUGUGUGAAAACAGGGAGUUUGGGUCAUCCACAUUCAGCUGCUUCAAAGAAUAAAAACAAAAGCAUCACAGCAGUUUUGUUAAAUCUUCUUACACAUGAAAAAACAGGAGGUCUGAGUCAUGAAAGGGUUGGAUGACUUUUGCGCUCACUAAACUGUCCAAAUGUGCUGAGAAGACAUUAUCUAAUUAACAAAGUACGUCCAAAGGGGUUAAAGGGGUCCGAUCCGGGCUCAUCUUUUCAGAGAUGCUGAAGCUCAUCUCCACAAUCAGACAGAAAACAAGAUCAAACUGUGGAGAGCUGAAGGACAAUGUGAGGGUUUAAUCUGAUCUGUGAAUUAGAGAGAAUAAAGGGGGCAAAGAAAGGGUCAAUCCUGGAGCCCUGAGCAGCUGCACCUUAACCCAAAUCCUAAACCAAACCCCUAACCCCCUAACCCCCUAACCCUAACCCUCUAACCCUAACCCAAACCCCAACUCUGAUCAGAGAGAGUACUUCUUUGUUCUGACCUAACUCUGAUGUCCGAUCAGGUGCACCUGGGAGUCCUGGGAGAAGAGGAAUGACGGGGUUCAAGGGUCGUCCAGGAUUCACAGGCGCUCAAGGGAUAAAAGGUGAGAUACACAAAACACCGGACUGUAAGUGACAGGAAACAUGACACAGUCCUGGAAAUGACUACAGGAGGAAAUAACUCACACAGGCCGUGACGGUGUUGGCCUUUCUGAAAAUUUAAAGAUCCUCUGUUGGUCCAUUAGCUGUCGCCGACUUAUUUUGGGGGACAAGAUUUUCUUAUUUGGACGGGGGAUGGGGUUUGCGAUGAGCAUGUUCCUAAAAAAGUUAACGGUAGCCUUAGCUUGGGUGCAAGAUGACUCUGAAAGUCAUGAUAUCUGGGAAAUAACAUUGAAAAGCUAAAAUUGACAUAAAAUGUCAAAGUUUGUUGGUAAUUUUUGUCCUUUUCUGUUGUUACAGGUCAGAAGGGUGACUGGGGCGAGAAGGGGCAAACUGGUCCUGCUGGUUUCACUGGAGUGAAGGGCAGCCGAGGCUUCAAAGGUUUGCUGAUUGAACUCUAACUUCUCCUCUAAGUAUGAUGUCUGUGUCUCCACCUGCUCUUCCUAAUCCCUGAAACACUUCUAUGAGUUCACCUGUCCAUGAUUCAGGUCGGGUUAACAACAACUACUGCUUGGUAACAACCUCAGACCUCGGCCAUGUCCUCCACAGACAUGUACAGAACACUAGAUAUGCCAGCAUCCUGUCACAACGUGCCUACAUGGCAGCCAUUUUGGUGGGGGCAACCUUCCCAAUAGCCGAGACGUGCUGUUAAUGUAGAACGUUCGAUUAAACAUUUAUUUUUAUUAAAUCAAAUGUUCUGUAUUAUUAGCACAUGUUUUGGUGUUGAAAAUAAAGUAAAUCACAUAAGAAUCAGUUGAGAAAUGAGCAGGUUAUGAUUUAUUUUCACUGUACAUUGCCUUUGACGGGAACGACGCCCCCACUAGCUUAGCCUCACCGUAGACUCUCGAUGUGUGUGUUUGUGUCGACAGGACAGAAAGGAGAUGCAGGAAUGGAAGGACCCCAAGGUGAACAGGGUCCCCCAGGAGAAACUGGCACAUGCCCUGCCUCCUGUGAAACUGUCCAGGGUCCAGCGGGUCCCCAAGGUGUUCCUGGGCCAGCAGGAGGACGGGGCUUACCUGGGGUCAAGGGAUCUCAAGGACUCAAAGGUGUAAAGGGCGAUAAAGGUGACAUUGGUACAGCUGGUAACCCUGGGAUGGAUGGCCAGAAGGGUGAUCAAGGUGAGCAAGGGGUUUGUGAGUGCACAGACGGGAUGAACGGUACUGAUGGGCACCCAGGAGAGAUGGGGGCCAAAGGAGACAAAGGUGAUCCUGGGGCUCAAGGUGAACAGGGCCCUAUGGGCCUUCAAGGAGAUAUGGGGAUGAUGGGUCACAUGGGACCACCUGGACCCUGCACCCCAACCAUCCAGUCUGCAUUUUGCGCAAGUCUCAACGAGUCCUACCCGAUGCAUAACUAUCCCGUCCCUUUCCCGAAUGUCAUCUACAAUAGACAGGAUCACUUCAACCCAAACAUGGGCAUGUACACGGCACCUGUCAACGGCACCUACGUCUUCAGCUUUCACCUCUCGGUCAACACGAGAACUCUUAAGGUCGGCCUGUUCCUCAAGCACUACCCCAUGGUCAUAAACACCGUAACAAUCAGACAGACCACCACGAGCCAGACUGUUAUUCUCCACCUCGCUGCAAGAGACAAGGUGUGGCUGCAGGUGAAGGACGGCACCACCAACGGCAUGUACACCGACACUGAAAGCAGCAGCACGUUCUGUGGGUAUCUGCUGUACCCCGACACCUGCGAAUGGCCUUUGAACCGAGACUGGGAGCCAGUGCCGACUGAAGAACCUGAAGAGUUCGAAUGGCAUGAUCUUUGAGACCCCUGACCCCCCAUAGUUGGCUCCCAUAGGUCAGCGAGUCAGUCCUACAGUUAUAGAUGACCAAGAGCACAAACCCAAUCAAACAAUCAAUGCCUUAAUGACUGCAGUCCUCGAGGAAGGGUAAUCUAGAGAAGCAGGACGGUCAAUGUUUAAAAAUGUAUUUCAGAUCAGUGACACCCUGAAAGUCCUGAAGCUGCUCCUGAUAAAUGUUUGUUUAAAAUUAAAAGAUUUUUAAACAUUUUAGCCCCUCAAGUGUGAUGAUACACAGGAGGAAGGAGGUGACCUCUGACCCUCCUGUCUCUUCCAUUUACGGGCGUAAUCUUGGUCUGGUUGUUCCAGACGUGGUUGUUGGUCAGAGGGGGGGAUCUGCUGAUGUGGUCGCCAAAAGAUCAGCGUUGUUUCACUAAAUCAUAUCAGAAAUGAGACAAGGACCGGAUCAACCGCUCUGACAUUCAUGUUCCCCUCAGGUGGAACCGUUAAGGUGUGCUGAGACCAGAAGCCAAGCAAAUCAGUCACAUAAGAAUUUGAUUACCGCUGUCCGUAAUCCGCCACGAAAUUUGCCUCACCAACGGAUCUGGUAGGGAUUGGCGGACGGCGGAAAUCACCGCCGUUCUGGAAAAUUGGGGGUAAAGUGUCAGAGUAUAUGGCUGCAUGUCACAAUUAAUCUGGGGGGAGAGACUGGUUCAUGUUAUACUUUUAAAGUCUUACAGGUGUGUCCCUGGUUCCCUAGGGUGGUCCACGAGGGCGUCUAACCAAAACCACAUAAAAAAAAAAAAACUUCUUCAAACUUACUUUACAAACACUUCGAACAAGAGCAAGAAUUUGUGACAGUUUUCCUUCCUUCAAAUUACAGCCUCAAUCAUGAUGCUCCAAAUGUUCUCAAAGGGGGUCAAGUCAGGACCGCAUCAGUCCAGGACUCUUCUCCUACAGAGCCAUACUGUUGUAAUCCCUGUUUGGGAUCAUAUGAAGGUCUUCCCUGAAAAAGACUUUGUCUGGAUGGCAGCAGAUGUUGCUCCUCAACCUGGAGAUAUUGUUUAAGACUAAGGAUGCAGCAUCUAUAAUUUUCAGUUCUAGGUUGAAAGGACAGUUGGACUUACUUAAGACGUCUUGCCUAAGGUGAAACGUCCCAACCGAGUCCAGUUGUCCUUUCUUUCCAAAAGAGUGUUAGAUUUUGGUUCAUCAGACCUCAAGUGGGGACUCCAACUACAGAGUCCUGAUGCUCCUAAACCUGGAGAUCUUGAUUGAAUACUGAGGGUGAGUUUGUAAGUGAACAAAGAGGGGGGACAGGGAGGAGGUGAGGACGGGGACUGUGAGGACGGCCUCCACGGUCUCCGUCCUCAGUACUAAAGUGAUGUUACUAAGGUUUAGCUGAGGGACAUAAGUGAGAGUAUCUGAAGAGUCUUAACCUGCAAAGUUUGGAAGAAAUGUCAACCUGGAACAAUGACAAGAAGAAAACAUAAGAUAAUGAAAGAGAAACCGUAGAUCCACAUUUACACCAGAGUGACACCUGAAACCACUUCUGUUUAUAUUGUGAAGAAAAGUUAAAGAUAUAUCUAACAUGAACUGAGACUGAUGAUCUAUAAUAAAACAUCUGAAAUAGCUCGGAUAUGUUUCGAAGGUGAAAUGACUUCUAUUAAACUGUAUCAGCUUUCUGAUCACACAGUUUGCUGCGAUCUGUGAUUCUGUCUG